UGUGGUUUGAAGAAUUAGAUGCACUGGCUUGGCCAAUAUCAAUUUGAAGACUGAAAAGUCACACUGCGAAGAACACUGUAUGAACACAGCAUAAAAAGUUGAAUUCAGAUAUGGAAGCACAACUUGUUGUCUUUGACAUAAAAGAGAACACAAGCACAAGUAUUUGACAAAUCCAUUUGAACCAAUGGGCGUGACCACCAUAUGCUGCUUCCUUUGAGCCACUUCUCUUUCUGUAUUUCUCAUCAUUUCAGGGCAACGUCCAGUACUCUAUAGGAAGCUCUUUCUCCCUUCAAUAUUUUCUUCAUCUUUUCACUACAGGUAAGGUAGAAGCCAUGCUAUGCCAGUCCCUUACCUUAUUUUUCCUCAUAUAUUCUCCACAAUCUUCUGUAUGUCAUAACUGAGAAGCAUCCAUGGCAGGCAUGAGCAGUGAGAUUUCAACACGGCUGGAGGGAAAAUCUGCUGCAAUAGUGGUUUGUUGGCUUCUCGGAAAUGGAUGCCUUUUUUCAUGGAAUAGUAUGCUGACAAUAGAAGAUUACUACAGUUACUUGUUUCCAAAAUAUCAUUCAUCUAGGGUUCUUACACUUGUAUAUCAGCCAUUUGCUGUUGGAACACUUGCGAUACUUGCGUAUAAUGAGGCAAAACUCAAUACACGAAUUCGGAAUAUGUUUGGAUAUAUACUUUUUUUCAUAAGCACGCUGUUGGUGUUAAUUGUGAAUUCAGCAACAUCUGGUAAAGGGGGGCUUGGAAUAUUCCUUGCUAUAUGUGGACUUAGUGGUGCUUUUGGAGUAGCAGAUGCUCAUGUUCAAGGUGGAAUGGUGGGAGACCUGUCCUACAUGCAACCAGAGUUCAUUCAGUCAUUCCUUGCUGGUUUGGCAGCAUCUGGUGUAUUAACCUCUGCUUUGAGGUUAAUUACAAAAGCUGCAUUCGAUCAUUCUAGUGACGGUCUCCGCAAAGGAGCAAUUCUUUUCUUUGCCAUAUCAACAUUCUUUGAGCUCCUAUGUGUUGUUCUCUAUGCAUUUAUAUUUCCUAAACUACCAAUUGUGAAGUACUACCGUUCAAAGGCAGCAUCAGAAGGAUCCAAAACUGUAUCAGCUGACCUUGCAGCAGGUGGCAUCCGGACAUUACCUGGAACAGACGAGGAAAAUGCAAAAGAUCCUGAGCGGAAGGGAAACAAGCAAUUGUUAUCGGAAAACAUUGAUUAUGCACUUGAUAUGUUCCUAAUUUAUGUGCUAACACUGUCUAUUUUCCCUGGAUUCCUCUCGGAAGAUACUGGAUCACAUAGUUUGGGUACAUGGUAUGCUCUCGUCUUAAUUGCUAUGUAUAAUGUGUUCGAUCUGAUAGGAAGAUACAUUCCACUGAUGAAAUGCUUGAAAUUGGAGUCCCGAAAGUUGAUCACAAUAGCUACUCUUAGCCGUUUCUUACUUAUUCCAGCAUUUUAUUUCACAGCAAAGUACGGUGACCAAGGUUGGAUGAUAACGUUAACAUCCUUCUUGGGGCUGUCCAAUGGUUAUCUCACUGUAUGUGUCCUAACAUCUGCACCAAAAGGUUACAAGGGUCCAGAACAAAAUGCCCUGGGAAACAUAUUGGUGUUGUUUCUUCUUGGAGGUAUCUUUGCAGGAGUGACACUUGACUGGCUAUGGUUGAUAGGUAAAGGAUGGUGAGAUGAGGAGAUCCAAUUCGUUCCUAGUAAAGCAUUAUAAGUGUAUUCAUAUUCUGUUUUUUAAUACUUUAAAUUAAUGAAUUGGUUAAUUUGGUUGUUGAUUCCUCAUAAA